ACCCUCUUCUGUCUAUCUGUUUUCUGUAUUGAAGAUGAUAUGACACAUGCAUGUCAGCAUGGAUUGUGAAAUCGCUGGCAAUCAUGGAAGGAAAGAGUAGAAAAAAUAUAGGGAAAUAUGAGUUCUGAAGCUGCUGCUUCAAUAAAAAUUGAAUCUUUGGUUCUCUAAAAGAUCCGAAUUGUUAGUUUCUUCGGAGCUUCCAUUCAUAACUGAUUCGAUUCGAUCCGACGCCUUGGUUAUAACCUAGUCUGGGUCUUUCUUUUCGUCAACAUUCCAUAAAUUUUCUUCAUCAUCUCUAUGCAAGCUCACAACACAACCUCUCUCUUUCUGUGAGAAGACUGCAGACACUCUGGUUUGUUGAUGAUCAUCUAAACAACACUGCAGCGGAUUUCCCAGAAUUGCCAGUUUUGCGUGCAGUAAAAGAUGGUUGCUUUUGGGAAGAAGUUGAAGGAAAGACAAAUUCAAGAAUGGCAAGGAUACUACAUCAAUUACAAACUGAUGAAGAAAAAGGUUAAGCAGUAUGCUAAUCAAAUUGAAGCUGGAGUCCUAGAUCGCCGUCAUGUCCUCAAGGAUUUCUCGCAAAUGUUGGACUACCAGAUUGAAAAAAUUGUGCUUUUCCUGCUGGAACAACAAGGAGUACUUGCAAAAAGGAUUGCUGGAUACAAUGAACAGCAAGGUGUUCUUCAAGAACAGCCUGAUAUAUCUAAAAGGCAUGAGCUGCGUGAGGCGUAUAGGGAUGUGGGGCGUGAUCUUCUAAAGCUUCUCUUUUUUGUUGAAAUGAAUGCCAUUGGACUUCGGAAGAUCCUUAAAAAGUUUGACAAACGGUUUGGCUAUAGGUUUACUGAUUACUAUGUCAAAACUCGGGCUAAUCAUCCUUAUUCUCAACUUCAGCAAGUUUUCAAGCAUGUGGGAUUAGGGGCAGUUGUUGGAGCAGUAUCUCGUAAUCUUGCAGAACUUCAAGACCAUCCGGGGAGUUACUUAUCUAUUUAUGAUCAGCCUGCUCUCCCGGUUCAGGAUUCUGUUGUAGACUCGAUAAAAGCAGCUGCCGACAGAUUAACUCAUUCAACAAACUUCCUCAACUUUUUGGGCCAACAUGCACUUAUCAUGCAAGAAGAUUUGCCUAUCCCGGUUGAUCAGGAACACGUUGAUGAUCAGAGUUACCAUUUCAUGUCGCUCCUAUUGAACCUGGGAAACACUUUUCUUUAUAUGGUGAAUACAUAUAUCAUUGUUCCAACAGCGGACGACUACUCCAUGAGCCUUGGCGCUGCUGCAACAGUUUGCGGUGUUGUAAUUGGGGCAAUGGCCGUUGCACAAGUUUUUUCAUCGGUGUAUUUCAGUGCUUGGUCUAACAAGUCUUACUUCAGGCCCUUGGUAUUUAGCAGUAUAGCUCUUUUUGCCGGUAAUACCAUGUAUGCAUUGGCUUAUGACCUGAAGUCAAUUACAAUUCUUCUUAUUGGUCGACUAUUUUGUGGGUUGGGUUCUGCCAGAGCUGUGAAUCGAAGGUAUAUCAGUGAUUGUGUGCCACUUAAAAUCCGUAUGCAGGCUUCAGCUGGUUUUGUCAGCGCUAGCGCUCUAGGAAUGGCGUGUGGUCCAGCACUUGCUGGAUUGCUUCAAACUAAUUUUAAGAUUUCGAAGAUAACAUUCAACCAAGAUACUUUACCCGGUUGGGUUAUGGCUUUCGCGUGGUUAAUAUAUCUGAUAUGGUUAUGCAUCUGCUUUAAAGAACCUGCUCGUCAACACGAAGAAAACCAUGCUCCACAAGAAUCUACUUCUGUAGAUUAUACCGUGCUUGAAAAGGGUCCGACGCAACCUUUGCUGUUAAAAUCUGAGGAACAGAAAGAUGGCGAGGAUGAUCAAGAAUGUGAUGGAAGUGAAGAAGGUGUAGAGGAUUCUCACAAACCAGCCAACUCUAUAGCGUCAGCAUACAGAUUACUCACUCCGUCUGUGAAAGUUCAACUGUUGAUUUACUUCAUGUUGAAAUAUGCUAUGGAGAUUUUACUUUCUGAAUCUAGUGUCAUUACUACGUAUUACUUUCAUUGGUCAACCGGUAGAGUGGCUAUUUUUCUUGCGUGUCUUGGCCUAACUGUUCUGCCAGUAAACAUUGUUGUUGGAAGUUACAUUAGCAACAUGUUUGAGGACAGGCAAAUCUUGUUGGUGUCUGAAAUUAUGGUUUGCGUGGGUAUUCUCCUUAGCUUUCAAGUAUUAGUCGCAUAUUCUGUGCCACAAUAUGUCGUCUCGGGGCUCAUUAUGUUUGUAUCUGCAGAAGUAUUGGAAGGUGUGAAUCUGUCGCUCCUGUCUCGAGUCAUGUCGUCCCGGCUGUCACGAGGGACCUACAAUGGCGGGCUGCUGUCGACAGAAGCUGGCACGAUUGCUCGAGUUAUCGCGGAUGGCACUAUAACCUUAGCUGGAUAUCUGGGUGAGAGUAGGCUCUUGAAUGUCACUCUCCUUCCUUCACUUCUCAUCUGCAUAACUUCCAUUAUUGCCACCUGUCUUACCUACAAUUCCUUGUAUUGAUUUGGUAUUCACAAGAAUUCAUCUCAAUUCCAUUCUUUUCUUCCUGCUUUUAGGAUCAUUAUAUUCAUCCAUUCAUUUCAUCAUUUGUAUAUUUGAUUUUUGGGAACUUGUACAACAUUGUACUAUACAAAUAUACAAUGUUAUAGUUUGGAAAUAUAUAGUAAGGUGUGUUCUUGUGUCUUCUUUA